AAAGUUUAUCUGAAUUUAGUAUGAAGAAACAAGCUGCCAAAGCGCUGCCAAAGCGCUGGUAGUAUAGAAAAACAGAAUACCAGAGACAGCUAGCUCAUAUCUUUCCUUAUAAAAAGAGCCCAUCACAAAGAGUAAAUUCAUAUUAUCUACAAUUUCUGAAAGCUAAGCCUCAGAAUCCUAAUCCUCUAAAGUAGUGAUGGAAAUAGGAAAAAUGAUGAACGAGAAAAGGAUAUUAGUUGCAGUAGACGAAAGUGAAGAGAGCAUGCAUGCUCUCUCAUGGUGCCUCACCAAUCUUUUCCCUCAAAACAACAAAACCAUCCUCUUCCUCCUUUACGUCAAGCCUCCUCCCCCUGUUUACUCUUCCAUUGAUGCCGCAGGGUUCUUUUUUUCCGGAGAUGUUGUUGAAGCCUUGGAAAAAUAUGGCAAGGACUUGGCUACUUCAGUCAUGAGAAGAGCUGAAACUGUCUGCAAUAACUUCAACAGCAAUAUCAAGGUGGAGAAGAAAGUAGGAAGUGGUGAUGCCAAGGAAGUGAUAUGUGCUGCGGUGAAAAAACUUCAAGUGGAUAUGUUGGUCAUUGGAAGCCAUGACUAUGGGUUCCUCAAGAGGACUCUUCUUGGAAGUGUGAGUGACUAUUGUUCGAAGAAUGUCAAGUGUCCAACGGUUGUUGUGAAGCAGCCAAAGAAUGAGAAAAAUCUUGAUCACCAGAGUUAAGGCCUCUGUGUUGGCUAGAUUUCUAUUAAAGACUGUACGUCAUCCACUGAAGUCCUCAUCCUAACACGUCGAGAAGAUUGUCCAGAGAGUUGGAUAGCUUUUCUGUUGCUGUAAUGGUUAAGAGGAUAAAGUUGGAUACUCGCACACAUGUAGCUCUACUGAGGAGGAUUAAAGAGUAUACUUGUGUAUAUAUUAUGCAAAAAAUUCCUUGUAUGAUGUUACAUUAAAUGCUUUCAAAAAAAAACAGUUUGAUUGAAA